CCCCAUAGCAACUAAGCUGCAGUUUCCAAAGUAUGUCAGCAUCUUCUUCUCUUUCCCCUUAGCCCACUCCUCCACUAGGGUUCUCCGCCACCCCCACCCCCCUCUUGAACCUGACCCCCCAACCACUCAAAUCUCUUAAAAGUCAUAGAUCUAUCAUGUAUUUAAACCUCACCCAAGAACUCAUAAAUAUACUUUCCCCCUUAAUUAACACUAGUUGACUCAUGUCAUGUGCAAUAACAUUUUCUUGAUUUUUUUUUUUUUUUUCACUUCCCAAUAUGAACCAAAAUCAUAGUCGCUUAAUUUCUACUAGAUCUUUACACAUCAUUUUCUUCUUCAAUCUUUAGCAUCCCCACCUUAAAAAUCUUGUCUUUUUUUGUAUUUUCAUCAUUGGCAAAAUUAUUUGAUUAUGCUAUAUAGGUAUAAUGAUGAAGAGGACAAUGCGACCAUUGUUCAGUGUAUUACUGUUAAUAGCUGUGGCAGCUACACUUGCUGUUAGAGUUACACUUCGUUACAGCUCUAUUGAGCUAAAAAAUGAAUACCCUUUUGCUAAAAAACCAGUAUUAAAUGAGACAUUAUUGAAAUAUGCAUCUAUUGAUAUUGGUGAACCCCAGUUGAAAAAAGAUGUUGAGGAGUUAUUAGAAGGUAAUUUUAGAUCAGGCCAUAACAGGCAUAGAUCAUUUUUAUCUUCUGGAAAAUAUAGAAUAGAUAUAAGGCCAAGAACAGCUAGAGGUAUACCUGUACAACUCCGGUCACCGGAGUUUUAUCGCCUUUGGCAGAGUUUUAGAAGGCAUUUACAAGAUUGGUAUAGAAAUAGGAAGGUUUAUAAGGAUGUUAUGGUGGAUUUGGUGAAUACAAUGGGAUUAAAGAAGAGAUAUAAAUCAUGUGCUGUUGUAGGAAAUAGUGGGAUUUUAUUAAAGAGCGUUUAUGGUGAGUUAAUUGAUAGUCAUGAAGCUGUAAUUCGAUUGAAUAAUGCGAGAACUGGAGGUUUUGAACAUAGAGUAGGUUCAAAAACUACUCUUUCAUUUGUGAAUAGUAACAUUUUGCAUCUUUGUGCCAGGAGGGAAGGUUGUUUUUGUCAUUCAUAUGGAGUGAAUGUGGGGUUAGUUAUGUAUAUAUGUCAGCCUGUGCAUUUCUUGGAUUACAUGGUGUGUAAUUCAUCGCACAAAGCACCGUUAAUUGUAACUGAUUCGCGCUUUGAUAUGUUGUGUGCUAAGGUUGUGAAGUAUUAUUCGUUAAAACGAUUCGUGGAGGGAACCGGGAAGAGUCUUCAAGAAUGGGGUCCUGCUCAUGAUGGAGCUAAUUUCCAUUAUUCUUCUGGUUUUCAAGCUGUGAUGCUUGCUUUAGGUGUUUGUGAAAAAGUUAGUGUUUUUGGAUUCGGGAAAUCCACUUCAGCUAAGCAUCAUUAUCAUACAAAUCAGAGGGCUGAGCUGAAGUUACAUGAUUACGAUGCUGAGUAUGAUUUGUACCGCGAUUUGGUGGAGAGACCACAGGAUUUUCGAAAAACUUACUUGGCACACAAAUAAAAGCGGACUUAGCUUCAAUAUUAACAGUCCAACAAUGACAGAGUUGUGUACUCUCGUUAUUCAUUUUUGCUGGAAGAGUAAUGUGAAGGUUUAUUCCAACCAAUUGAUUAAUUAUUUAUGUAAUCAGCAUUGAAAUAUAUCAAUAGCACGGUUUUAGAUCCAUGUGCUGCAAAGCUCACAUAGAGAUAGGGGCAAGAUUCAGCAAUGAUUGAUUAAAGCAUUCAUGGAGACUAAUCAUGUAUUGCUGGAUUUUUCUUGCGAAGGUAAGUAAAAGUUUUAUUACUGCAGAGGUUAGAUCAGCUUUAAGAUAGUAGAAGAUCUUUUCGAAAAGUUGUAUUCCAUGUACCGAAAAGCUUUGAGCUGAUAAGCUAAUAAAAUCUAUCAUUUACUCUUCUCUGUAUAACCAUAUAAUGCUGUUUUUGGAUACCAUCUACCUAUGUUUGGAUGUGUAUUGCUCUCUCGGAGGUUGCCUAUUUGUCUCUGUUGGCUGUUAACUAUGUCUUUUGUACUGAGUAGGUGUUUUACAUUUUGAUGGGAAUUGUCUAUUCUCUGUUUUGUUAAUUGUAUAUGGAAUGUGACCACAAUAAGAUUGCUU